GUAACGUUGGCAGACUUUCAGUCGGAAACAGGGAGCAUCAUCAACUGGGUGGAGCAGUUGUCCUAUCUCUUCAACCAGGCCGUGAUAACACCGAACACCAGGAUCGUUGUCCAGCGACGAGAGUAUUUCCAGAACAUGACCACCAUUCUUGCCUCGCUGCCAGAGUCUGAUCGGAAUCGGAUGCUUCACAAUUACCUUAUCUGGCGGGUCGUUGAGAUGUACGCUGAGGAUCUUUCAUGGGAAUAUAUCCACGCAAACAGAGAGCUCUAUGCUGAUCUUCAUAAAAGACAAGCAUUUUUAGGGCUGUAUCGAUACUGCUUCUCACAGACCACGUACUAUUACGCUGAUGGCCUUAGUUCAUUGUAUGUGAAUGAACAUUUUGCAGACGAAAGUAAACAAACGGUGUCAGACAUCACAGACAACAUCAAACUGGCCCUGCAGACACAACUGGACAAGACGCCCUGGAUGGACCAGGAGACUAAGCAGUACGCCAAAGAGAAACUGGACCAUGUGACCUUCAAGAUGGGCUACCCAGACUGGAUGGCUAACAGAGCAGCGGUUGAUGACGUGUACAACUUACUGACUGUCAAUGUGUCGGACUACUUCGGUAACUUGCUCAGUACAAACAAAUUUGAGCAGGCGCAGUGGAACGACUGGCUGGUCAAUGGAGAGAACAGAGAGGAGUGGGUCUUUCCUGUCUUCUCAACUGUUAUUGGAGUCUUCUGGUACUGGAAUGAGGUCAUUGCUCCAGCAGGUAUACUCCAGCUCCCUAUCUAUCACAGAAGUCAGCCUCACCACACGACGUUUGGAUCUCUGGGCUCAAUAUUGGGACGAUUUCUACACCAUAUCGUCGAUGAAUGGGGCAAAUCUUACGACAAGAACGGCCACUACAUGGCUCCUGAGACCUGGUGGAGUAAUUCUUCUUUAGAAGCGUAUAAAACCAUAAAGGAAUGCGUGCUUGAUGUGUAUACAAAUGUAAGCAGGGAUUAUCUAUUCCCCAAUGGCGUUACCAAACCUAUUCGAAUCAAAGCAAAAUACUACACACCCAUUGCAAUCUCCUGGACCAAUGGCAUUCGAUUAGCUCAAAUCGGCUAUGCUGAUUGGCUCAAAUCUAAGGGAAUUGUAGAGAAAAUGCUUCCGGGAGUUGGGCUGACCAAUGAACAGAUGAUUUACGUUGCACAUGCGCAGACAUUUUGCUAUGCCAGGGAUGCGAAGAGUGCCUAUCUCUACGCAUCAUGGGGAAGGGUUGAAGAGGAUAUACAAGUAAAUAUGGCAUUAGGACAAAUGCAAGAAUUCUCAGACGCAUUUCAUUGUAAGCCAGGAUCUAAAAUGAAUCAUCCGAAAAAAUGUGAUUAUUACUAG